AUGGCGGCGAUAAACGUCGACAAGACGUGCUCCGCGUUGCCGAUUUCGCAGCAGGAUCAUCGGGAGAUGUCUCUCCUGACUGAUCGCGACGUUAACAAAAUAUUAGAGCGUAAACUCGGCGGCGGUAAUUUCCGACUCGUUGACUGGAAAUUGGAGCGCCUCGGCGACGCGGGAGGCUUCCUCGGUCAAUAUUAUCGUUUGCAAAUUGCGGUAAGAUGCGGCACAGACGGAGACGGGACGCAGAGUUUGCAAUUCUUCGCCAAAACACCACCGCCGUCCGAUAGUCCGCAGUUCGAGUUCCUGAAACGUUACGACUCGUUCAACAAAGAGAUCGCCGUUUAUACGGAUCUAAUGCAGCGGAUGGGCGCGGGCGGACCCCCGAGAUGGAUGGUGAAGUGUUAUCUCUGCAAACGAAAUGUCAUCAUCGUUUUGGAAGACGCGUCGUUAGACGGUUACGCUACGCCGGACAAAUACGUGUCGUUCGACGAGGAGCACUACGUUUGGUUACUGAGAACUCUUUCCAAGUUCCACUCAAGAUCCCUGAUACUGGACGAAAGACUUCGCCGAGAAGAGAACGGCCGGACCAUCCUCGAUCUCUACGGACACUUACUGAACGAGGUUCUCUUCGUCGAAGGGGACGACAGAUCGGAGAAGAGCCUUGCUUCCAGUAUUACGGGUUUUUGUGCGAUUCUCGAUUUCGUCGAGGAUCUCGACGAAGAUGCUAAGAACGACAUUAAACGCCGUUUCGUCGCGUGGUCGCGAAAGAUUUCACGAUUAUUGGCACCGUCCAAGAAACACAGAAAUGUCAUCUGUCAUCGCGACAUCUGGACGAAUAAUAUGAUGUUCCGAUACGAUCCGACCGGCAAUAUAAACGGCUGUUACCUUAUAGACUGGCAAUUUCUCCGUUAUUGUCCACCAGCGAUCGAUUUUGCAUGCUGUCUAUAUCUCAACACCAAUCGUGCCAUCAGGGAUCGUUAUUUCGAUACUUUUGCUAAAGUGUAUCACGAUUCGCUCGCACAAUAUUUGGCACAAGAAGGCCUCGACAUUGACAAUCAUCUACCUUGGAUGGCGUUUCGCGAGAGUUACGCGGAGGCGCGUAACGUAGCACUCGUUUACGCCGCGCUCAAUCUUCAGGUAAUGCUGCUGUCUGAAGGGUAUUUUUGCGAGGCCGACGAAAUUGAGCAUAACCUGUAUGGUGACGGGCGAGCGAAAAUCGUGCGACAUCAGUGCGAGACAAUGCCCGUGUAUAAAACUCGAAUGCUGGAGAUUGUAUUCGAAAUUAAGGAUCAUUUGCCCGAGUUUCCGCCGAUUCCUUAACUCUAUGCGGUGAGAAACGAUGUGUUCGCACGCGCGUGUCGUUGCUUUAUCUGCUUUACGAUCUGUGAUAAGAGACUGGAAUCGCGCCAGGUAAUAAUCAUCAGAAGCUUAUUUACGAUUCUCGAUUGCUCGUAUCUUUCGAGAAUUGUGUCGUUCUAUCAUUUGAAGAAAAUUUUAUUCGCGUUCGAUUACAACGGAGAAAGUGAAAUAAUGGAUAAAAUAUACGCAACGUUUUUAUUUUUUUUUAUUGAUAAAUGAAUUAUCGCUAAUUUUUCCUCUCACACAUAACAUAGAACAUUUAUAUCAUUCUACUAUUACAGUAAUUAUGAUUGAAAUGAAUUCUUUUAUGUAAAAAAUGUCUCGGAUAAGUAAUUUACGUCAAGAAUAGAAAAAAUUUCAAAAGUCUCAAAAUAGUUUGAUAUUAAGACGUGUAUUGGAUGGGUAAAGAAAUAUUGGAAUCUGUGCUUUUCAGUUAUAAUUGAUGAUGGAGAAACGCUUCUGAUGCAAAUAGAUAUAUAAAAGCGUUUCCAUAGGAAUAUCAUUUCGCUCAUUUUUCAAACGUCAUUAUUACAUCUCGUUUCCUCUUCGUGAGAGUUUUUCCUCAACGGUGCAUAUUCAUUAGCAUACCGGCAAAAUAAGCAAGAUACUAUGUCAGAUUUUUGUUGAAAUAUAUUUUUGUCAUUUUUAUUUUUAUAACAAUUGAUACGAUUUGCAUAUUCAAUAUCAAGGAAUUGUUUUAUCUUCAUCCCCGUCAUUCGGUCGUCGUCUCAAUCUUUGUUAAACGCACGGACGUCAGGAAAGCUAAUUCUAUAGUUAAAACCAUUGUGUGGCGUAGCGCUUUGCAAACUUAAACGAGACCAUCAUUCCAUGUUACGUCAGACGAACUUUGUCAUGAAAAGAAAAAGGAAUUACGCCGCAUAAUAAACUUUAGAACAGUCAGCUGGAGGAGAAAGCGCGAAGAGAAGAAAGUCUCUGGCUCUUGAAAUAAGUCAUGUCAUAUUCGCGCAUAAUACACUUUUUUUGUUUGCAUGCAACAGAAAAUAUUUUUUUAAUUGGCUUUUCAAUUUAAUUAUAUACAUAUUAUGUGAUAAAUAUA